GAAAAGCUUCCUCAAACAAACAGAAACCAGAAAAACUCGUAUUUUUUUGAAAAGAAAUUUUUCAUUAUGAGUAUGAAGAGCUUUUAUCUUUAAUUAUUUYAUUGAUAUUAUCGUCAUGGCUCCUAAAAAACGUAGAAAGAAGUGCCAACCUUAUCAUGUUCAACGCCAAGAUCAAGAAUUAUUUUUAUCCGAUGACAGUAUGGAGAUCAUUCAGAACGAACUACAAAAGCGCUUCAGUAAGAAAUUCAAGCUUAAGUCUAAAGAAAAUCAGUUCGUUCUACCAGAGAGUGAGUUUUUAUUCAAAGAACAGCCGUUUGUUAUUGGUGAGUUAUUGGCCUUGAAAGAUAAACUCAAUUCGACGAAAAGUCUAUUGAAUGACAUGGAUAUCGAAGAUUGGCACCAACACACGCGAAGGACACACAAAGCAGGACUUGUAGUAAAGCAUUUAAGACAGAAAGUACGAGCUGAGAUGUGUACGCAAGCUUGGGCGAAGUUGCACGAGAUUUUAUGCAGCUAUGAAGUUGUACCACAAGAAGUCACUGACAGAGGACAGUUACUUAGUGUGCAUUUGUGCGAAGCGCCUGGCGCUUUUAUAGCAAGUCUGAAUCAUUAUCUAAGGAAUAGAUUCCCUGGUUUGAAGUGGCAGUGGCUGGCUACAACUUUGAGUCCUUAUUAUGAAGGAAAUGAUCUGAAUGCUAUGUUGGAUGAUGAUACUUUCAUCAUAAAGACACUGGAAAACUGGAACUUUGGACUGGAUGGGACUGGGGAUUUGAUGAGACUACAGAACYUGAAACACCUAAAGCAAGCCUGUGACAGCAAGGGACCUGUUCACUUGGUGACUGCUGAUGGCAGCAUAAGUUGUGUUGAAGAGCCAGGUGAACAAGAAAAGACAGUGGGCCAGCUGAUAUUUUGCGAGACCCUUUCUGCCUUAAACCUCUUGAGUCGUGGAGGCACUUACAUCUUCAAGAUGUUCACAGCACUUGAAUGUCAAAUGAUUUGCAUGAUGUAUCUUUUGUGUGGUCUGUUUGAUGAGGUUCAUAUCAUCAAACCAGGUACAAGCAAGUCUGGCAAUUCUGAAGUAUAUGUCACAUGUAUUGGCUAUGCUGGAGAACUACCAUCUGGAUACCAUCAAGUGUUCAAUGAAAUCUAUAACUCCAACCGCCCAACUGAAGCAUUAUUUUCACUGAAAUUAAUCCCAGAAGACUUYCUUGCAAGUGUGAAAGAAUAUCAGCACUUCUUCAUUGAGAUGCAAAUGGAAGAAAUCCAAGAGAAUCUCAGACAUUUUCACCACAUGAGCAAAUUGGAAAGAAAACACCUCUAUGAACUCAGAGAUCAAGUGGCACUCCAUUACCUAAGAGUCUUUGAUGUUAGGCCCAUAGAAUCCAAGGAUCGAAUCGUUCCUGAUUCAUACUUAGAUGGAAUUCAGCGUGACCAUACAAGCGURAUUCCAGCAAGUGCACACUAUGGGAAAACAAGAAAAGGUGGCAGCUACAACCAAUGGCACCAAGAAGUUCAACAAAGUUGGCUUGAAUCUGUUAGAGAUGAUGAAAUGCUGGCAUGCAAUCCAUCUGCUUGCAUAACUUUGAAAGGGCUUUGCCAAGCUAAUGAUGGGAUUAUGCUAAUUCCUCUCUACCCAGAAGAAGUUGAAUGGCUUCCACAAAGAAUUCAAGCCAAUGGCAUUGCCGUUGGGAGCAUAACUUGUGGCCAGACAAUCAGUCAAGUUAAAAAUUCCCGUUUCUGCUCACCAAUUUUCAUUACUAAACUUGAAGAGGCGAUUAAGAACGCGUCGAUUCUGACUCCAGSGAAGAGCGGUGACUUGGCUGGGAUAACUCAACAAAUAACUGGACUUUCUGUUUCUGAUUCAUCGAGUGAGCWCAAACCCUGUAAAUUUUGCARCAACGCGACUGCAGUUGUCGACAAACUGGUCGAGUUUACAAGGUCUGAGCAUGGUACUACAACAACAGCGCUUUUAUUAAACUCUGAUGAAGAACAUUGCAAGUGUUUUGAAGAUUUUCUUCGCUCUAAAGGUGUAGCUGUGCGAUACCAUUCCUCUGCUCAACUUGAUAACAAGUCUAUYGAAGAAACUCCUCAAGAGAAUUCAGUCGACAUUAUGGUUUUGCCGUACUAUCCCAACGUGCCUAUCAACGCAUUUGAAAGCAUUCAUACUUCUCUGGAGGUGAAGACUAAAGAGCAGCUUUUGAAAAGCUGCAUAACAGCGAUAAAGACGUUGAAACAAGGUGGAACCUUCGUAUGUCGAAUAUACGAUACCAUGACUCGCUUCACCGUGGGACUACUAUACAUUCUUCAYCACUUAUUUGUUAAAAUUACCGUAGUUAAACCAGUUGUUGGGGCUCUUUGGCAUCCAGAAAGAUUUCUUGUUUGUAAAAACUACACGGGACGGGAUCAAGAACUGAUUGCUCACUUGGAGAGAGUUAACAAGGCAAUAAAUGAGUGUAACUCUGGUCUUGAUGUACUUGAAGUUGUAGACAUGGAUUCUCUCUACGAGAAGAAGUUCUUUUCUUUUGUCAUGAGGAUGAACGAAAACCACGCUCAUCUACAGCUGCUUAAUAUUGUUAGGCUAGAGAGCUUUAACCUCUUUCCAGAUAAAUUYCCAUCGGAAGAAGAACUAUUAAGAUUGAGACAAGAAGUGCUAAAUUAUUUAAUCAAUUAA